UCCCCGCCAUCACCCAUCAUUCACCCAGCUUGAGCUAGCAAACAGGUGCCCUGGCUUUCCUUUAGCAUCAAAAUGGCUGCGUGGCGAAGGAUACCCGCAUUUUGCUCGAUCGACGCGGCAGAAAGUUGCAACCCAGCAAGAUUAACAAGACGAAGCUGCGCACCAACGAUUUUGACAAUCUGACGCCCACCCCUCCAAGUCAUAUUGUCACGACUUGCCGUUCUCAACCGGAGCCUAACAUCAGAGCAUUACCUCCCUCCCAACCAGUCCCGGUUGGCUUCAACGAGACGUCAUGUCUUCAUCACCAUCGCCUCCUCUUCCCUUCCCUCCUCAUCUAGUAAUCCCCCUGGUCCGCAGCACCCUCCAUGACCGCGUCGCAGGCGUCCUCGUCGGCUCAGCCCUCGGCGAUGCAAUCGGCCUUUACACGGAGUUCCUCUCCGCCCCUCACGCCGCAGCCGCCUACCCCACCCGCAAAUUCACCCUCACCGGCCCGCCGCACGCAACACCCUUCAAACUCGACGCGCACCGCGCACCAAAGGAGGCAGGACACUGGACCGACGACACGGACCACGCCCUUUUACUCCUCCUCUCCUUCCUGCACACCGCCAGGACCGAGACUGUAGGCCAUGAUGCGCCGCCGCCGCUGCCGACGCAAACCGACCUCGCCGCACGCUUGCGCGUGUGGGUUACCCAGGGCUUGAGAGUGUUGGAUACCAUGCCGCUGGGUCUGGGGAGGCUCGUCGGGACGGUGGUGGCGAGUGCAGGGUUUGACACCGAGCCCGAACGGGUGGCGAGGGAGUACUGGGAGCGGACUGGCAAGCGGGUCGCGCCGAACGGGAGUCUGAUGCGCACGCAUCCGUUGGGGGUGAUGUGUCUGUUUCGCGGGGAGGAGGAGGCGUUUGAGGUCGCGGCGAGCAUUUCGAGAGUCACGCAUGUCGAUCCGAGGUGUGUGGUUGCUUGUGUUAUUGGCACGGGGUUGUUGCGGGCGUUGGUCCGGGGGGAGGUUCAAGGGGAAGGGGAUAUGGAUGCGUUGGUUGAGCGGGCGGUGGAGUGGCAUCGUAGAGAGGGAAAGGGGGAGGGGCAGGAGUUGGAAGUGGAGGAGCUGUGGAGGCAUGUCAGGUCUAGCGGAGGGCUUGAGGAUCUGAAGCUUGAUGAUCAGGCUGCAAUGGGGUAUGUGUACAAGACGCUCGGGUCGGGGGUGGUGCUGUUGCGCAUGGCUAUGAAAAGGAUAGCCGCAAGCCGCGGGGGAUUGCUUGAUCGGACUCGCCUUUUCGAGAUACUCAUUACGGACCUCAUUAUGCGAGGUGGCGAUGCCGACACCAAUGCAUGUUUCGCUGGCGCACUCCUUGGGGGGUAUCUCGGGUACUCAUUCCUACCGGACCACUGGAAGCAUGGACUGAAACAUGGGGAAUGGCUGCUCAGCAAGACGGACGCUCUCUGUCAGGUUCUGCGCUUGAAGGACGGAGAAUACAGCGGCAAAGAGGACAAGGAUACUGAGAUUCACGGCGGGCGGCCGGAACUCCGCCAGGACGAGAUGGAGGGGCGUUGGAUGUUGCUGCAGCAGGCCACAGUCAGGAAGAUGGAGGAGACAGCAAAGGCGACGUCUUCGAAAGUCACUGGGUUGGGCUGGUCGCUUCCAUGGCAGUCGAAGGAGAAGAAGAAAAGAUAGAAGCCUGGGCUGGACGAUGUGCUGGGUGAGGGGUGUAAAGCGAUACAAGUCGUUCCACCACGACGUUUCCCAAACUUUGCAGCAACGUCAUAAAUCAAUUAGUUGGUUAUCUGUAAUAACUCAGUACAAAGGUCCGCUGGCUCAAUGGCAG